AUCUUAAAAUUCCUUUUUUCUCAACUUGAUCUCGAGUCUCGAGUCUCGACCUGUCUACGCUCUGCAGGCUCACUUCGUCUCCCCUCGCGCCGAGCGGUGGCCGUCGAUCCAUCCCAGCCCAGCUCAGCUCAUCCUCGAUCGACGCACGCUGAUCUACAGGUGGAGGAAAACUGGAUAACUAGCACGAGAAAGUGAAAUAUGUCUGCCCUGUUCAAUUUUCAUUCUUUUCUCACAGUAGUGCUCUUAGGAAUCUGUGCAUGCACAUAUCUGAAGAUGCAGUUUCCAGCAAUUCUUGAGCAGCGAACUGGGUUUCGUGGAUUCUUCUGGAAGGCAGCUAGGAUAGGUGAACGCUUGAGCCCUUGGGUUGCAGUGGGAUGCUUGACAAUGGGCGUUUCAAUCUUCUUCUGAGACACUGUUAUACUCUCUGGAACUUUUUGUUAUGAAAGUGCUUCCGUGUUGCCAAAAGUUUAAUACUGCGGAGUUCAGAUAGUCAACCAAUAUCCAAUCUAUUCAGUUUUCUUACUGGAUUGGUUCUGAUUGCGUUCCAGGUUAACUUCUGGCCGGUAAAUCACUCCCAUAAAUCAGGAUUCUUUUUCAGCAAGUUACUAAUUCAAAUCUUUAUUAUCAAGAAAGUUAUUGUUUAUUUUUCUUGAGUGUUAUUUGACUCAAUUACAAUGUAGUAUUUGUUCAUAUUAUUCUUAAUCUAAUGACGUACAAUGAGCCAAUGCAUCUGCCUCCGCUGAGGCUUGAAUUUGAAUGAACUUCUCCAUAAAUCUUGGCUUCUUGCCGCCCAAACCAAGAGAAAAGUUCAUAAAGUUAUUGUUCGGUU